CAAGGAAGCAUGGCUCCCUCUUUUUCGCUCCUUUAUUGAAGGCGCAUUGGGUGAGGUUGCUCACGAAAGAGCAAUGUUCUGUUGGUGACGAUGCGGUGAUUUUGAUUUUACUCAUUUGUUUGAAGGGUUGUCGAAAGAAACACUGGGCGCGACGGAAUCCGGUUUCACGGCGUCACACGAAAUUCAAGCUCCCUCGUAUCGAUACCCCGCCAUUGUUCGCUCCUGCGCCCGCCAUCAGCCGCCCCUCGUCAAAGCUUCAGUCAGAGCAUACACAGCAUCACAUCACUGCUGCGCAGGCACGACUGCUGCUUGCUGCCGUUUACCUUGACGCGCUUUCCUCGACAGAUUGCGCUUCUUCUUAACGACAACGAAGAGCUUCCACCGACACUUUCCAUCAAUAAGUCGUACUAGGGACUUUUCCUGGUCAGGCCAUUGUUAGCGACCGACUGCGAUUGCGACUGCGACUGCGACUGCGACUGCGGCCAUCUGACGAUAACUGAACAACUUACCCAAAGUCGACGCGACUGUUUGGCUUGGCUCCCUUUCUUCAACCAUACCAUCCACCACCACUGCACAGCUUUCUCGACUUCUAUCCCCGAGCUUUAUUCUUUGCUAUCUUCUACGACGAAGCAACCACGGCAAUCAGCUUAGCGCUACUCCACGAUACAAUGUUCUCUUCCUCGAAGCCCUACACGGCUGUUACGGUCGACAUCGAACGUUUGACGAGUGAGACAUUCGCCGAAGACGAUCUCAGCGGCAUCCCCGAGCUUAUCGAAGCUAUCAACCUCCAGGCUUCGGGCCCAACCGAGGCUGCCCGUGCCAUUCGCAAGAAACUCAAAUAUGGAAACCUGCACCGCCAGCUCCGAGCCUUGACCAUCCUCGAUGCCCUGAUUCAAAAUGGGAAUCCCCGCUUCCAGCGCUCCUUUGCGGAUGAACCCCUUCUUGAGCGCUUGCGCUUCUGUGGCACCGCCGAGCUGUCGGACCCCUUGGUGAAGAAGAAGUGCUCCGAAUUGUUUCGCAACUGGACUGUCUACAACCGCACUCACGGCAUGGAGCGCGUCGCGAACCUCUACAGAGAACUUCCCCGUCGCAAGCAAGUCGUUACCCAAGAAAAGUCCAAGGUACUUAAGGAGACCGAGAACCCUUUUGGCGAAGACGAGGAGGAAGAACGCCAGCCAUCAGCAAGCACCUCAACUGCCCAGGCCAACACAUCAACCACACACCCAUCUUCCUCAUCAUCGCAUAGGCCGACAGUGUCCAGUUCCAGUGGCCAUUCUCACUCCUUCAGUCGAUCCGGCAAGGACAAGUCAAAGAAGAGCAGCAGCAAAUCCAAGAAGCACAAGCCAUUUAACCUCGAAGCCGAAAAGGAUCAGAUGACCAGGACUAUCGCCGAGGCGUCCAUUGCCUCCACGAACCUGAUGAACACUUUGCAAUCCAUCAAUCGAGAGAAGGAGCGCAUUUCGGAGAACUCAACUGCAGUGGAGCGUUUCGAAAAGUGCAAAAUGCUUAGAAGGAACAUCUUGAGAUAUAUUCAACACGUCGAAUCUGAACAAUGGCUAGGAGGCCUUCUACAUGCCAACGAUGAACUCGUCCAAGCGCUCAUGACUUUUGAGCAGCUGGACCGCUCUAUUGACGCGGACAGCGACUCGGAUGAUGAUCUGGCUGAGCAAGCACAUCUUUAUCGGAUGGCAACUGAAAAAGCUGCCAAAGCCAAAGAAUCCGGUGGUAGCGUACCCGGCAGUCCCCGCGCCCCCGUUGCGGGCAUGGCUGGGCUCAGCAUCACCAACACCCCUGCGAGCCCACCACCAAUGCCUCCUCGUCCUGCGCCACCUCCCCGACCGUCUGCGGCUUCGAAACCCUCAAUGUUGAAGCCGCCUACAAGAAGGGUGGAACCGUCUGAUGACGAGGAUAGUGAGGUGGAUGAGGACGAGAACGAUCCGUUUGCUGACCGGAAUGCUGUCUCGACCCCUAAGGUGGAGAGUGACGAGCCCAAGUGGUCGUAGGCUGGGUGGACGUGGAUAGCAUGGCGGGGAUGAAGUGAUGAUAAUACGACAUGGAUACGAAUUGAGUUGCUACUUGCUUACUGGAUAGCCAUUUGCCUGUCUAGGAAAUAUUUUUAGCGACAGCGAGGGACGAUAGUAAUAGUACGGAGGAGUAGAUCGAGCAGGAAAGCGAAACACUUCGCAGCAUUAUCCUCAGUUGUUUUACCAAGUUUAGCGGUUCAGGGGAGAGGAAUGAGUUAUACCUUUUUGAGUUCUGGAUGGCCAGUUAUGAGUGGAGAGCGAGUGGUGUUUUCUUUUCAAGUCAUGCCUUCGUGGACGGGAACCAUCAUUGCCAUUCAUCGUGCAUAGCCAAAUGG